GCGGCAGCAUGCGGGGCGGAGAGGAGCUGGACGGCUUCGAGGGCGAGGCCUCGAGCACCUCCAUGAUUUCGGGCGCCAGCAGCCCAUACCAGCCCACCACCGAACCGGUGAGCCAGCGCCGCGGGCUGGCCGGCCUGCGCUGCGAUCUCGACUACCUGCGCGGAGCGCUCGGCCGCCUCAAGGUCGCGCAAGUGAUUUUGGCCCUGAUUGCGUUCAUCUGCAUAGAGACCAUCAUGGAGUGCGCCCCAUGUGAGGGCCUCUACUUUUUUGAGUUCGUGAGCUGUAGCGCAUUUGUGGUGACUGGGGUUUUGCUGGUUCUGUUCAGUCUCAACCUGCACGUGAGGAUCCCCCAGAUCAACUGGAACCUGACGGACUUGGUCAACACUGGACUCAGCACUUUGUUUUUCUUUAUCGCAUCGAUUGUACUGGCUGCUUUAAACCACAAAGCAGUUGCAGAAAUUGCCGCUGUGCUAUUUGGCUUCUUGGCAACUGCGGUGUAUGCGGUGAACACAUUCCUGUCUGUGCAGAAAUGGAGAGUCAGCCUCCGCCAACAGAGCACCAAUGACUACAUCCGAGCCCACACAGAGUCCAGAGAUGUGGACAGUCGUCCUGAAAUCCAGCGCCUGGACACGUGAGGACCUGCAGAGGCCUCCUCCCUCCUGCCCAUCCCUUCAAUCAAGUUUUCUUUCCCUUAUCAUGUCAGAUUUUCAUGUUAUUAUAUUGAAUUUUGUCCUCUUUGAUAAAAGUUCAUUUGGGAAAAGGAUUUUCUGAGUGGCCCUGUUGGCCGGUAUAUGGGUGGACGAAGCCCCCAUAUCCAGCUGUCCAGACAGCUAUGGGCUGAACAGGCCAUGGAUUCUCCAGCCUGUGGUGGCUGUGGGAGCAGCCAGCCUCACUGGCUUUCUGUGUCCACCUUAGAUCUUAACAGUCUCUGAACACAGGCUUCACAUCUUGGCUCUGAACCACCCUGUCACAUGUGUUUGUAACAAGUCAAGACUUUGGAUUAAAUGAGGCUGCUAAGAGGAAAAAGAUAUAUAUAAUCAAGGAAUUGAAGGCACAGGUCAGAGUAGUCCGUCGACAGCGAUUCUCAGGCAGCUCCUGGAAGUUUCUGCACUCCCAUGGUGCACUCCAGGGCAGCGUUGAAGCUGGCUGCUAGAAUCCUUGCCUCCUCCUUGUCUUCCUUACCUGGACAUGGAGACAGCCAGCACAAGCCUGGAAGGCCAUGUGUGACCCUGAAGGUCUUGGCAGAGGGGUGCAUUGGUUGAACUCUUUGCUGGGUCUGGACCUUACUGGGCUGGAAGAGCUUCUGUCCCCUUGGGACAGCUCCAUAGGACUGCUUACUCACAGGAGGGUCACCUUUUGUUUCCUACCCUGCUGAGAAAUCGCUUGAUUCUUCCUCAAAUUAAUCACUUUCUUGAAUCCCAGAUUCUUCUCUGGGAAUAUGGGGACUGUCUUGCUUUCCAGUGUCCUACUUACCCUAAAUGCUUUGAGGCUGAAUUGCAGAUUUCCUGUCAUUUUACCUUCUCAGGUAGAAACCAGGAAAGAAAUACAACUCAUUCCACCAGCCAAAGCACUUGCCCGUUUGCUGGCUUCAUGGCCCACAGGUUGGGGGGGGGGUGUUUGUGUGUUACAAAUAAACACCCACACACCCGUUUUAGGGGAUAUGUUCUAAUUUUCAAAUGCCUAAGAAGAGUUCUUAAGUGAUUCUGAAUAGUCUAGGAUUUGAAAUACUUGAAUUUGCACCGUUACACAUCCUUUCCCUGAAGCUUCAGAAGGCACUGAUUUAGCAUUUGGUGCCUCGGGUCAUAAUCAUGAACAUCGAUCUUGAAGUUGUUGGGGGGAAAAAAUCUAGUUACUUAGAGUUUUUGAUUGGAUCCUUGAUGAAGUGAAGGUUAUUUGCGAUGAAUGAGUUCAGCGAGCCCCUAUGUUGCUUUAUGUUUUUUUUUUUUCCCCCAAUUGGAGAUUAAUUUUAUCUUUUAUAGAAAAAAUUUUAAUUUGUCAGGUUUUCACUCUUGGAACUGUUUUUAAUGUUUACAAACUUCACUCUAGCUCCAAUAUUUUGCAUCUAGCCCUCACCGAGGAAAAAACCCUUACUGCUGGCUGGAAGAUUUUGCAGUGAUGUGGAGACUCCCAAGGGUCUUCUAAUGACCGUUUACAGCUUUAGCAGUGUACUGAGUAAUAACUCGGAAAGCGAGUAUGUGUUUGAGUGCGGGAAGGAGCGUGUGUGUGAGAAAGUGUCCAUCCAUGGACAUGUGGCAUUGCAUUCAUCAAAAACAGGCAGUAUCUGAUUUCCUGCAAUGGGGGGAUUGAUCAGGUAACACUGCUGGAGUGGGGAUUUGACAGGAAAUGGUACUAUACUGUCUCUGAAGGGUUGGGGUUAGGGGUUAGCUCCCUGAACUGAACAUCUGGUAUGAUGCGAGCUCUGCUGUAAUUCUUUUCAUGGCAGCGGCCCAGGUCACAUCUUUGAGCACCAUGCCUGCCCCUGGAGCCUUGGCUGCCGGUGCAGCCCCAGCCCGUCUGGUGGAUACUCACCUCAUUCAGCUCUCACAGAGGGCAGCCAAGCCUGUCCAGAGCUGGUGCUACCCAGCUGAUACGAUGGAGCCCUCUUCCCAUGUUCCUCCUGUGUCAGCACAUACCGUGCUUCCUAAACUUCAAAUCUGUUAUGUGUAGUGAUUCUGGGGGGAGAUAAUGACAUCCAGAUUUUAUCUGUUCAUUUUAUGUAUUUAUUUCAUAUUUGUUAGGUAUGUAUGUGUAGUUAAAAUUGGGUUUAUCUCUCUCUAGGAGAUACGGUUAUUGUCCACUUAAAAACAGGGUCACAAAGACUCAGCCUUGCAUUCAAUGGCCCACUUGGAAGGACCACCCUGAACCUUAUCAGACAUUGCCUUCUGGGAAGCAUGUUACAUGGCCUCCAUAAAAGGCCGCCUUUGAAGUGAGAUCGAGAAAAAGAAUACCAUUCAGGCAGGACUCUUGUCCAAUUUUCCCAUGUCACUUCAAUAAAACCAGUUUAUCAUCUGGUGAAAAGGAGACAAUUGAUUGGCCCCCUGAGGAUGUGUAGUCUGCUGCAAGAAACGGUUCUGAAGCCCAUUGACACUGUAAAUGCUGGUAGAUGAUAGAAGGUGAUGACAUCUGAUGCCACAGAGUGAAUUAGGAGUCAGUUUGGAUCCUGGCGCUAGAAUCUUUCAAUUAUUUAUGUUCCUGUAACUAUUUAAUAUCCUUUGUGCAAUGAGGCUCCGCCUGCUUUUUGUCAAUGUUUUUCCUUAUAUUUAAUUAGCUUCCACUAGCCCUGGAAGUGGCCAUGUAGACCUUCUAAUGGGUGUAAUGCACAGAACGACGUCUCAUCCCAUGUAGACAGUGUGCUGAGGAAAAGUUACAAAGGGAAUAUAGUUGUCUAUGGUGAGUGAAGAGACACCUGUAUUUUUCUUAUGUUGCCUUCUGUGUAUAAGCACAAGACAAUCUAGAUUUGGCGGGGGGCUUAAAAUGACCUCUCUGUGAAUUGAAGAAAGCUUAGUUUUGCAUUUAAGAGUUCCAAUAUGGGCCAACGUCCGUUUGGUUUGGGGCAUUUUAAGGCUGUGGCAACCUUUGUUUUUCUGUUGAGACGAUAUUGGCUUUUAUUGUUGGAGCCAAACUUGACGAGAACGGCUGUUGCUGUGUAAAUUUGAAUUUGUACAGUGCACUUGAAACCCUCAAGCAUUUGGUGGACUCUCUGGUGGUUUUAGAUGAAUGCAAGCCUGACGUCUUCAGAGAAAGUUUAUCUUGGCACUCAUCUGGUCUGCUGGGAGUUCUUUUCCUCCUAUUCUCUUUUCUCCCCACUUCACACUGCUAAAGCUUUGGAGGGAAGUUCCUUUUCCCUUUCAUACGGAGCGAUUACAAUCAUGAAGGCCUAGAGAUACUUCUUGGCCCCAUAGAAAGCUGGGAAAGGGCAGAGGCUGUUAACAAAUUAAAAUCUUGUAAGAGAGGAUUGAUUUAAAGUAAAGCAAGUAGAGUUUUACCCUGUGCAGUAACAGUCAUUCAAAGUAGAUUAUCUUUGCCUACAAAAAAGCAAGAAUGAAGGUCCGAUAGUGAUGUCUUCCUUGGCAGCUUGAGCUAACAUGUACAGUGUGGGCAAAGCUCAGCCUGGACCACAAGGAAGCCAGUGAGGAACCCAGGCUGGCUCUGAGAGGUGUGGCCCUGGGAGGCUGAAGGUAUCUCCACCCUUGGCACCAGCAGGAAGGCUCAGCCUGCAGGCAGGCACUGCAGGCACAAGAUGUCUCUGCAUCAGCCGCUUCUGGCCAGCUUUAGGACUCAACUGAAACCAUUCCUACUCUCUUAUAGUUUUUUCAUGGGGCAGUUUUUUCAGUCUGUUUUUGAAGCUUUCUUAGUGCUUCAUUCUUGGGUUAAACCAUAUGGAGUCUGUGAGAGGUGAAGCACUAACUCUUUUGUCCACAAGUCUGUGCAAUGAAUAAGCCCUGAAGAGCCACUCUGUGUGUCUGUGUGCCGUCUCCUCUCUGUGGCCCCCGCCCACUUUUUCUUGUAGACGCGCAUGUGCUGUUUGGGAAGCUGUCCUUCUCCUAUCCCUGUGUUCUUAGAGGUGGACCAAGGCCUAGUCCCAUCUGUGCAAGAUAUUCUAUGUGCUGGUCUUAGAACCUGUCCUGACAGAUGAAUAGAGCUUAGAGACAGUCAAACAGAGAGACAGUUUAGUGAUUCUGGAAGGAAGCGAUGAUUUAAGUGUUUCCAACUGUGCCUUCCAGAUUCAAGACGAAACAACCAGUAAAUCAGUGUGCUACUGCCCAAUUGUCAUUUUCUCUUUAUUUACAGGAACAUAAUGGCGUUAAACAGGUAGGAAAAGGAGAAAAUACUUUCUAGGCCAAGGGCUGCUGAUUGAUUCUCUCCAGCAGGAUAAAAAGUGCUUCUGGUUUGGGGAACCACCAUUAGCUUGUGAGGUCUCCGAAUGCUUGUUUAGCUCCUCGUGAAGUUACAGGAUCCAGAGGUUUUUAUCAGCACGCAUUCCCAGGACCAGCUAGGUGAUAGCUUGUGGGGCUGCCAUUCUGGGCUGCUGAGGUCGGGGAGACAAGAGGAGGGAGGAACAAGGAGACCCUGACCCAGCUCACCCAGGCCCUGUCUGCCGUCAGACUCUUUAUACCACUAGACAUGUUUACAAACCCAGGCUGUCUUGAAAACGUGUACUUGGUUAACUACCUUCCUAUCCUCUUGUCUUUGGAAAAGCGAGGUCUUAUGGUCCAGAAUCAGCUUGAGGGGAAGAACUCAGUGAUGGGGGCCAGUAUUCCUUGGUGCCGUGGGUGGGCUCUUGGCGUCUAGUUUUUGGGAACUUGUGAAUCUGGACAGGUGACUUAGAACCUGGUUUGAAUGCGAUCUUGGAUAUUUAGGACACAGACCCAACCCUUCUUCUUGUCAGCUUUGUAAACUUUCCUAGCUCUUUGUGAAAGCCCUUGUUUCGUCUCUGCAGAUACCGUUAAAAUCCUAAGAGCUGACUGGUCGAGAAAGUAAUUUGAAAUAUUAGGCCUUUUACAUUUCUUUUAUGCAGAAACUAUCUCUGAAAGAAAAUAUCCUCAAUAUGGGUUAGAUCCAGAGAUUUUUCUUCUGAAAGUGAGUGUUCUUUUUGACUUUUCUUCACUCCAGUAAAUUGCAUUUGUAUACUGUCGGGCUUGGAACAGGAGUGGGUCCUGACAUGUCUUCUCAUUCUUCUGACUAGAAUGUAUUCCUUUUCCAGUAAGAUACAGUUUCUCAACCUUUGGCAUUUUUUAUUUUUCUUUCCAGUUUUUAUUAAUCCAUAAACAUAACGGUAAAGAAAAAAUUACCCACAAACCCGUGAGUUUGAAUCAGUGGCAACCUGCCAAAAACCAACUCUAGAUUAUGGAUCCUUGAAUGGUGUAUCUGUUUCAUAGGGUUAGUGAGUUUCUUGUCUACAUUUUUUAUGCCAAGACUUUAAUUCAGGUCACUUGCUGAAUAGAUGCACAGAGGUAGGUGGCCUGGUUUCACUGGGAUGUGUAAUACACCAGUGGUCAGACAGCCUUCAGUUAGGGUGUUAAUACUGCUAGACUCGGGGGGGCAAUCAGAACUUUAAUAGUUCUGAUUUAUGAGUAAGAACUUGUCUGAAACUGCCUUUAUCAGCUCUGUUGAUGAGAUUUAGGGCGAGGCCCAGAGUUUCUUUUCAUAAUUGUGCCUCGAAGGAGAGAAGGUGUGCGAUGACAUUCUGAUAAUGGUUUGUAUGGGACUCGGUAAUACUCUGAAAAUACCAAAUCUGAGUCGUCUUUGGAUGACUCUGUUGAUACCCAGUAGGAAACACCCUCUUUUAUCAGGAAAGCAACCUGAAGGAAUGGUCAGGAAAAUGAGGACAGUGGAGAGAGCUUCCCAUGAGAAGCAGAGCCAGGCCCAGCUGGUGGCUGCUUCCCUGUGCAGGCCCUGCUUUGCCUUCCUGCCUUGGCCAGAAUCCAUUUUGCAAGUGUUGAGACUGCUGUCCUCUCUGCAGAAGUGAGGAAGGCUAAUGCUCAGGGCUUGAAGGGAGAACUGGCUGGCCCGAGGGCUGUGUGGAGACAGGCUCCUGGGGGAGGGCAAGGGCAGGAAACUCGGGACAUCUCCCAAGCCGGCCCCAGCCUGCAGAGGGGCCACCUGCUUCCAGCUCUUGAAAACUGUCACUCAUUUAAAAGUGCGUUUUCAAAUCCAGCCCCACAGUGAAAUCUAUUUGGAUACAAUCAGUGCUUUUCAUAACUUGAUUUUGUUUGACGUGGUUCCCUCUAAGAGAAUGCUAGGGAUUGAAAAUAUUUGUAUAUGUUGAAUUUUGUAGAGUUCAGGAACCCAUGGCAAAAACAGUAAACUAUUUAUUACAGGUAUGAGUGUAUUUGUUUUUCCGCCAAACUAGGCAAUCCUGUCUUUGUAUAUUUUAAGACAGAUUAUAAUCACUUCACCUUUGGUGCCUUCCAUGUGUCACACAAGCACUCUUGUCAAUCAUGGGAUUGAAAAAAAAGAUGUACAUUUGGUUAAACCAGAUAACACUAUUUUUGUAGCACGAUUUUAGAUCUCGUCCUUUUAAUAAUGCUUUCAGCAAUGCUGGUUUGGAGGUUUGGCCAUCAUUCCCUUUGACUUCAUAUGUAUUUUUAAAAAGAAAAGAAACAAAUGAACAGGCUUUUCCUGUCUCCUUUCCCCUGCCUUCUCCCCACCAUCUUAUUUCUGCUUAUUUGGAUAGUCUGAGAGAGAGAGAAUAUAUUUCUGUGAAAUAAGUACUAAGCAGUAUAAAUUGCAUUUGGUGUUUUUGAACCACGUGUUCAUUUUGAAGACCCACCACUCACCUCGAGCAGUAAUAGGAAAGUGGUUCCAUAUUCAGCAGAGAAAAGAAUACCAUCAGUGCUGGCUUCGCCUUCCUGGAUUUAAAAUGCUGAAAAGCCUGUCUGGCUCCUUCCUUGGUGGCAGCGGGCUGGUGACCAGCAGGGUGUUCUCUGGUGUGGUGGCCCCCAGGGUCAGCUCAGUCAGGCCUGUCCCUCUGGGCCUCCUCCUGCUGAGCCAGAUGGGCUCCCGGGAGGGUCUCAGCUGGUUCCUGUUGCUCACCUUCCUCUCAGUUCAGAGACACUCUGGGCCAGCUCGGUGGCCCCUUCUAGGCUUUUGGCCUGAGCAAAAUAGCCUCUUUGCUGUGAGCAGCUUGAUGGUGUGAAGGCACAGGUAACACUAAGGCUGCUCCUCUUGCUUCCCCACCCGUGCCAGACGGUAGUUACAGCUGGCCAAGAAACAGCCGAGUGAGCUAGCUGAGCUAUUGCAAAAUGAAGGUAUUGCUUUAUGGAGACAUGAAAUGCUAGCAUUUUUCUCUUUGUCUUUGGAAGGGUCAGAAUAUGUAGUUAUUUUAUAACAAAGGAAGUCAAGUCAGGUGGCUAAGUAGUAACUUUCUAAUAUAAUGAUUAUUCAUUGGUACUUCACCUAGUGGCACUUUUGGGGGGGCAAUGUUAUUAACUAUUACAAGUUGCUUCUUAUGUCCUUUAUUAUUUUUUUACAUUUUAAAGACAGAGCUAUGGGCCUUCUGAGGUGCUGUCCAUCUGGUAAAUGUUGGCUUACGCUGUUUGUUGGUCAGGGGCCCCCCUUCUCAAAUUCACACCAGUGCCCCGUGGAGGGGCACGCCCCUCCAGCUGGCUCUCGGGUUUGAUUCUGUCCACAUGGAGUGGUUUUUGGGGCCCCCUCAAAGCUUUGCUCCUGCUUAUUUGUCUCCAACAGCAGACAAAGCCUCACGCUGCCCUAGUUUUCCCCCUUUAUUUGCUUUGAAGGACCAAUUUUUCACGGUACUUGUCCUGAUUGUUUUCAUAGUGUUCAAAUCUGUAUUUUUGUAUGUAGAGGGAAAUAAUUUUCUCCACACUAAUCAUAAUAAAUAUUGUAUUAGGUUGUCAUGAAGGAGUUCUUGUUUAAUAAACAGACAUGUAAAAGC